GUGUUAUGAUUAUAAUGCCACUCAGUGAUGGGAUCCACACAUAAUAAAACCAUGCUGUUGUUGAUGGGAGUUGUAGUGACGUUGGAGCCUCCUCCUCCCGCAGCCUCACCGAGCAGCACAGCGCUGUUUGAGCUCAAUCUGCGGACAGUCAGGCUGGAGGUCUGCAGCGGGCUGAUCGAGGAAAGAAAGCCGUGUUCUCCUGCCCAAACAGGAAAGUGCAUGAAACUACUUGUGGCCCGAUGAUGGAGCCCUGGCCAACACUGGCCUGGGUCCUGCUAAUGACCAACAUAGCUGAAUGGGUAAAAACCGUGGAGUCUAGGGACUUCUCCCUGAUGGACAUCAUCCUUCUGCAUCCUUCAACUACGCCUCAUCCUGGUGGCUUCAAGUGCUUCACAUGUGAAGACGCUGCAGAUAACUAUGAGUGUAACCGCUGGGCACCGGAUGUUUACUGUCCAAAAGAUGCCAGAUACUGUUACACACUCCACAUGAUGGAUAGCCAUGGAGACAGUGUGUCUGUGACCAAGCGAUGUGUGACCCUGGAGGACUGUCGUUUCACUGGCUGUGCUGAAGUCACUGAUAACGGCUAUCGGGUGUGCUCGUCCUGCUGUGAGGGGAACAUCUGUAACAUGUUGGUGCCGAGAAACGAGAGCAGCGCCGUUUUCUCCUCCACUUCACCUCUGGUCAGCUCGAGCAGAAGGCUUGGUCCUGCAACGCUGUGCUACAUCAUCAUCACCACCAUCAUGAUCUUCACAGCUGAACAUGUUUGAGAGUGAAACUCCACAAAUACAUCAAAACCAGCUUGAUAAAGGACGCUUGAAAGAACUUUAAAAUUUAAAAAGUGAAGCUGGUACGUGUGGGACUUGUGUUUAUUGGAUACUGCUCAGAUUGAUUAGAUUAGCUUCAUACGGAUGUUUCAGAAACUGUCCAGAGAGUUGAGUCACAAGUUGUCACUGCUGCACCAGAGUCCAUUUGAAUUAGGUCUACUUCUUUAUGUCAGACAGUAUUUCCAUUGUUUUAGUAAUUUAUUUAUACUAAGU